UAUAAUUAAGAUUAAUUCAGUUUAGUUAAUUUAUGUAGAUUUAGAUUAAUCAAACUAUCAGUGAAUGAAUAAUGUCAAAAACAAACGAAGAUGGAUCCAAUCGUAUCGUAUACGAUCUUUCCGAAGAUCCAGGAGAUGCUUAUUUUUGCACUCCUUGUAAAAUGGAGUUUAGAAGAGAAGAAGACCUACUCGUGCAUCUCAAACUAAGAGAUCAUAAAAGAAAGAAGAAAUAUGAUGAAAAAAUAUACAACCGACGAGUCUUCGGCGAAAGCAACGAACAAGGUCCGCUCUUGAUGUCGGAACCGGAAACCUCAGAAGAAGAAGACGAGACGACGAAAUAUGAAAGAGAAGCAAGAUUAAGGAAUAAUCUUUGCGUGCACAAGGGCUACGGUUUCUCUUGUGGCGAGUGCGUCGAAAAGAGGAUCGACAUGGAAGAAAAUGGAAAUUUCGAUUUCGUCAAAAUCGGAAAACAUCUGGAGACAGUUUAUAAAAGAAUGGUAGAUGAAUACGGAGACGACCUUUCGCUUCCGUCUUCUUGUUCCGACGAUUUGGAAGAAAAUAUUUUCGAAAAGUCGGAUGCUCUAGUGGAAUCAUUAUCGAAGUACGAUGGCGUUGGCAUGGAUAAGAAGGACGAAGAAGCAGAAGAUGAGAAGAAGAAGAAAAAAAAGACAGAGGAAGCGAAGAAUGUCGAUAGCAUGGAAGAAGUGAGAAGCAGAUUCGAAGAAGUUCUUCUAGAUCCGGACAGUGGUUACGAUAACCAGCUUCCCAGAGUAGUGAGCUUUGAUGGUGAGGAAUUUAAAAACUCAGAUUCUGAAAACGAGGAUGAAGAAUUGAAUAACCUAGAUUUCGAAAAAGAAGAAAAAGAAUUUGAUGAUAUCUUCAAUAACCCCUUUAAAAAUUCAGAGGGCGAGGUGCCGUCAAAAUAUGAAAUGAUGCGUGGUAAAAUCAGAUUUUCCAAUCUAAUUAAAAAAAUUCCACUUUAACUUCGAAAAAUAUUAUUAUUUUCACUUAUCAUUAGUUCUUUUGUGUCAGUUCAUAAGAACAUUGAAGAAAUAAAGUAAAUUUAGAGAACUCUCAUAGCGGAACUUAAAGGUGAGGUACAGGUUAAAAAGGCUUUUCAUGAAUUAUUUUUUUUUAAGAAUACUUAAGAAAUGCAAGUGGUUGGUCCAUUUCUUGAAAAAAUAAUUACAUCAUCGUGUUCAAGGACCUUUUUUUACAUGGAAAUCGAUUCUUUAGUUUCGAAUUCCAUAAAAAUCUAUUGGGCAUCACUUUUGAAAUAAAUGAUUCAUUCUUAAAAUAACAUCGAUGUUCUGUCCCUGGAGACUUUUUUCACAUUUUACAAUCA